AUGUCCGUCUCAGUCGUCAAAACCAUCCUCUUUUCUUCUCUUGUUGUGGGUAUCGCUCAUGCGUUUGUGCCUAUGCCCGUCAACGCCCUGCCUCCAAAUCUCGAAGCCGAUGGCUGGUCUGCUCUUACCACAUUGGAUCCUGUCGCCUUGACGGCAUCACCUUCAGAACCAAGCGCUGCUGUCGCAGUCACCCCAUCACCAGACGUCCAAGUCGUCCCGGCUCUUGAUCCAAAUAUGAUUCCGGAUCUCAAGCGUCAAGUCACUGGUCAGGGACCGGCUGUGGCAGCCACAGCACUCAGCCAAAUCUCUCCGAUCACCACAUACUAUGCCAACUCAAUGGUAGAUGGCUCCGCCGUCCAAGUUCCUGUUGUAUACACCCAAACCUUCGCUCCUGUUCCUGAUCAAUGGCCUUCGCCCACUGCUGGCGAGAUUGGAUUAGGAACGAUUCAGGGAACUAUCGGCGUCGUUCAUUCCAAGAGAGAUCUCCCCUCCCCACGGCCUUAG